AUGCAUUUUUUUCUGUGUUGUGAAAAGAGGGAAAUCCUGCCAUAUGUUCACAUUCUGGCUGCCAAAGUUGCAAUACCAUUGCAGAAGUCGAAAGAGCUCCCUUCGACUUCGGAUUCAGAUAAUGCCUCGACUCAAAAAGAGUGCUGCCAGCUUGCCCACAGACGUGGCCUGGCCUCAUUGCCCAAUUUGGACUGCACCUGCAGAAGCCAGGAAUCUGCGCAAAUCCGUGCAGUGACCCAUGUGAUCGAGUCCAAGUUUGACAAGGACAUCAAGGUGAUCAGUGCGAGUGGGGAGGCUAACUACACACUCAUCACGAAGACUGCCAAAGCCAAUGCAAAGAAGCUCGUUCUGGACACAGAAGCCACUGUACUGAAGAAGAUCAAGGAUGAGCUUCACCUCCUCAACGAGAAUCUGGUAUUGUACCAGAAGUAUGCUUCUUUGCCGGCCAUGAGCAAUGCUAGCCUCUUCUACGGAUUGGGCAGCGCUCAGGUGCUGGUAGAUGCCAGAGAGGGUGCCAGCCUUCUUCCGCAAGGCAGAGAGCUUCGUGCCGAAUUGUAA